AUGUCACAGAUAGAGAAUUUAACUCAAUUGAAAGAGUUUUUGAGUGUCUAUAACACUUUGACAGAACGUUGUUUUGGAUCGUGUGUGAGAGACUUUAGCACAAAUCAGUUACUGCCCAUUGAAGCUAAGUGUACACAAGAAUGUAAGUUUUUUUCUUUAUUUGAUUUUGUUUUUUACGAGUUUAGAAAGCGUAUCCGUUAUGAUUUGACUAUUUUUUGUCGUUUUUGUAUAAUAUUUCCUCAACAAAGUAUUCAUUUAUUAUACCAUGAAUCUCUAAAUUGUUAUGCAGUUAUUGAUAAUGUUAUGCAUUCGCAUAUUUUUUAGGUAUUGACAAACAAAUGCGAGUUAAUCGUCGUUUAAUGGUCGUUUUUGCUGAUUUGGCCCCAAAGAUGUUAUUCAAGCAGCAAGAAGCGAUGCAACAACAGCAGCAGCAACCAGUAGCGCCACCAACCACACCUCCUGCAGCUGCAGAUAAAGUAAAACCAGUACCAGUAGCACCAGCAGUAGAACAAAGCGCAAAACUAACAGCUGAUGUACCUGCCAAAACGUGA